AUGCGUACCUCUGGUUUCCUCGCUGCCGCCCUUGCUACGCUCGGUGCACACGCUGAUGAUGUCAGUAGCAUGGUCAUUGGCUACUUCUCUCCUUCUUGGGAUCAGGGUCUCCUCCAGUACGGCGGUUGGACAAGCACUGCCGCCAGCCUCGUCGCUAUCAACACUGACGCCGCCACAUACCACGUCGGCUGCAUAAAGGGCGCCCCCAAGACAGACUGCAACUAUCCCCAUUCGUGGACAAUUGUCCAGGGCCCGGAGACAGUGAGCUUCAGCGGCGUAUAUAUCGCAUCCACCUCAGACAAAUCAAGCAGCUACGAGAUUACCGUCACUGAGUCCUAUGAGUGCUCUUUGCAAUCUUCAACCAUGUCAGCCCGCUGCACCAUGAGUGUCGGCGAGACCGGCUCAAAUGACGGUGGAAAGACUGCCUACUCCUCUACCACAUCGGCGACCUAUUCUACAGCCCCAAUGGCUGAAUCAUACUAUCAGUUGACGGUUACCGCGGGGUUGAAGUCUAUCACGGAAUUCGAGGCGACCCAUACUUCGGCCGCAACUACUACAGCUUCUGCGGCCACUCAAACCGGUGCUGCUGCCGCUGGACCUGUGGGCGCUUUGAUUACGGCCGCUCCUAUGGUUGCUGCUGCCGUGGUUGCUCUGCUGUGA